GCGCUGCGCGGCGCUGCGCUCCAGCCGGGACCCGGCCGGGGCCGCUGGAUGCCGCGUCUCCGCUCCUGCUGCCUGCCGGGCGGGCUCCGGCGGCCGCUACAAAGACCCCGUGUUAAGCGCCCAUAGUCUGCUGGGGGUCCAGCCCCUAAAACCAGCACAGCCACCAUGUUUAACCUCAUGAAGAAAGAUAAGGACAAAGAUGGCGGGCGGAAGGAGAAGAAGGAGAAGAAGGAGAAGAAGGAGCGGAUGUCAGCCGCAGAACUACGGAGUCUGGAAGAGAUGAGCAUGCGCCGUGGCUUCUUCAACCUCAACCGAUCCUCCAAGCGCGAAUCCAAGACUCGCCUGGAAAUCUCCAACCCCAUCCCCAUCAAGGUGGCCAGCGGCUCUGACCUGCACCUGACCGACAUCGACUCUGACAGCAAUCGGGGCAGCGUCAUCCUGGACUCGGGCCACCUAAGCACAGCCAGCUCCAGUGAUGACCUCAAGGGUGAGGAAGGCAGCUUCCGGGGCUCUGUGCUGCAGCGGGCGGCCAAGUUUGGUUCCCUGGCCAAGCAGAACUCUCAGAUGAUUGUCAAACGUUUCUCCUUCUCCCAGCGGAGCCGGGACGACAGUGCGUCAGAGACCUCCACCCCCUCCGAGCACUCUGCAGCUCCAUCGCCUCAGGUGGAGGUGAGGACGCUUGAGGGGCAGUUAAUGCAGCAUCCUGGGCUAGGCAUCCCUCGACAGGGACCACGGUCUCGAGUCCCUGAGCUGGUCACUAAACGAUUCCCCGCCGACCUACGUCUUCCUGCUGUGGUGCCCCCCCCACCUCCCGCCCUUCGGGAGCUGGAGUUGCAACGACGACCCACGGGAGACUUCGGCUUCUCACUGCGGCGCACAACCAUGCUGGAUCGGGCCCCUGAGGGUCAGGCCUACCGUCGGGUGGUUCACUUUGCCGAGCCAGGGGCAGGCACCAAGGACCUGGCCCUGGGCCUGGUGCCAGGAGACCGACUGGUGGAGAUUAAUGGACAGAAUGUGGAGAACAAGUCCAGGGAUGAAAUCGUGGAGAUGAUCCGGCAGUCUGGGGACAGCGUGCGGCUCAAGGUUCAGCCCAUCCCAGAGCUCAUCGAGCUGAGCCAGAGCUGGCUUCGGACUGGCGAGGGACACCGCAGGGAGCCGGCUGAUCUGGACCCUGAGGCCGCCUCCCCUGCCCACAGCCAGGUAGGGUGCCCCUGCCCCACCCAGGAGCCCUCUGCUUUCUCCGGUGACAACCCACCACCCCCACCUUGCACGUGGGUUGGCGUCUGUGCUCGGGCUUCCUGCUGGAGUGCAAAGACGGAAGAGCAGAUUGCUGCCGAAGAGGCCUGGUAUGAGACGGAGAAGGUGUGGCUGGUCCAUAAGGAUGGCUUCUCCUUAGCCAGCCAGCUCAAGUCGGAGGAGCUCAGCCUACCUGAGGGGAAGGUGCGUGUGAAGCUAGACCACGAUGGAGCCAUCCUGGAUGUGGAUGAAGAUGAUGUAGAGAAGGCUAAUGCUCCCUCAUGUGACCGUCUAGAGGACCUGGCCUCACUGGUGUACCUCAACGAGUCUAGCGUCCUGCACACAGUGCGCCAGCGCUAUGGGGCUAGCCUGCUGCACACGUAUGCCGGCCCUAGCCUGCUGGUCCUCAGCCCCCGAGGGGCCCCUGCUGUGUAUUCAGAGAAGGUGAUGCACAUGUUCAAGGGGUGCCGGAGGGAGGACAUGGCGCCCCACAUCUACGCGGUGGCCCAAACUGCAUAUAGGGCAAUGCUGAUGAGCCGUCAGGACCAGUCCAUUGUCCUUCUGGGUAGCAGUGGCAGCGGCAAGACCACCAGCUUUCAGCAUCUGGUGCAGUACCUGGCCACCAUUGCUGGCACCAGCGGGAGCAAGGUGUUUUCUGUGGAGAAAUGGCAGGCUCUGUCCACCCUCCUGGAAGCCUUUGGGAACAGCCCUACCAUCAUGAAUGGCAGUGCCACCCGCUUCUCCCAGAUUCUCUCCCUGGACUUUGACCAAGCUGGCCAGGUGGCCUCAGCCUCCAUUCAGACAAUGCUCUUGGAGAAGCUGCGCGUGGCCCGGCGCCCAGCCAACGAGGCCACUUUCAAUGUCUUCUACUACCUGCUGGCCUGUGGGGAUGGCACCCUCAGGACAGAGCUCCAUCUGAACCACUUGGCAGAGAACAAUGUGUUUGGGAUUGUGCCGUUGGCCAAGCCUGAGGAGAAGCAGAAGGCUGCUCAGCAGUUCAGUAAGCUGCAGACGGCCAUGAAGGUGCUGGCCAUCUCCCCGGAGGAACAGAAGGCCUGCUGGCUCAUCCUGGCUUCCAUCUACCACCUGGGGGCUGCUGGAGCUACCAAAGAAGCUGCUGAAGCUGGACGUAAGCAGUUUGCCCGCCAUGAGUGGGCCCAGAAGGCUGCAUACCUGCUGGGCUGCAGCCUGGAAGAGCUGUCCUCAGCCAUCUUCAAACACCAGCUGAAAGGGGGCACCCUGCAGCGGUCCACCUCCUUCCGUCAGGGCCCGGAGGAGAGCGGCCUGGGAGAGGGCACCAAACUGAGUGCUCUGGAGUGCUUAGAGGGCAUGGCAUCUGGGCUCUACAGCGAACUCUUUACUCUCCUCAUCUCCCUGGUGAACAGGGCUCUCAAGUCUAGCCAGCACUCGCUCUGUUCCAUGAUGAUUGUGGAUACGCCAGGCUUUCAGAACCCCGAGUGGGGUGGGUCAGCCCGUGGAGCCUCCUUUGAGGAGCUGUGCCACAACUAUGCCCAGGACAGGCUGCACAGGCUGUGCCAUGAAUGCACCUUCCUGCAGGAGCUGGAAAGAUACAAGGAGGAGAACAUCGAACUGGCAUUUGAUGACUUGGAGCCGGCUACAGAUGACUCAGUGGCUGCUGUGGACCAGGCUUCCCACCAGUCCCUGGUUCGCUCACUGGCCCAUGCAGAUGAGGCAAGGGGACUACUGUGGCUCCUGGAAGAGGAGGCGCUGGUGCCAGGUGCCACUGAGGAUUCCCUCCUCGACCGUCUUUUCUCCUAUUACGGCCCCCAGGAAGGUGACAAAAAAGGCCAGAGUCCUCUUCUGCGCAGUAGCAAACCACGGCACUUUCUCCUGGGCCACAGCCAUGGUACCAACUGGGUGGAGUACAAUGUGGCUGGCUGGCUGAACUACACCAAGCAGAAUCCAGCCACUCAGAAUGCAGCCCGGCUCCUGCAGGAUUCCCAGAAAAAGAUCAUCAGCAACCUGUUUCUGGGCCGGGCAGGCAGCACCACGGUGCUCUCAGGAUCAAUUGCAGGCCUGGAAGGUGGCUCCCAGCUGGCCUUGCGCAGGGCAACUAGCAUGAGGAAAACCUUUACCACUGGCAUGGCAGCUGUCAAGAAGAAGGCACUGUGCAUACAGAUUAAGCUGCAGGUGGAUGCCCUCAUUGACACCAUCAAGAGGUCCAAGAUGCAUUUCGUGCACUGCUUCCUGCCGGUGGCUGAGGGCUGGCCGGGGGAGCCCCGAUCUGCCUCCUCUCGCCGAGUUAGCAGCAGCAGUGAGCUAGACCUGCCCCCCGGUGACCCCUGCGAAGCUGGGCUGCUGCAACUGGACGUGUCCCUGCUCCGGGCCCAGCUUCGGGGAUCCCGCCUGCUUGAUGCGAUGCGCAUGUAUCGCCAAGGUUACCCAGACCACAUGGUGUUUUCUGAGUUCCGCCGUCGCUUUGACGUCCUGGCUCCACACCUGACCAAGAAACACGGGCGCAACUACAUCGUGGUGGACGAGAAGCGGGCUGUGGAGGAGCUGCUGGAGUCCCUGGACCUGGAAAAGAGCAGCUGCUGCAUGGGCCUGAGCCGGGUGUUCUUCCGGGCAGGCACGUUGGCACGGCUGGAGGAGCAGAGAGACGAGCAAACCAGCAGGCACCUGACCCUGUUCCAGGCGGCCUGCAGGGGCUACCUUACCCGCCAGCACUUCAAGAAGAGAAAGAUCCAGGACCUGGCCAUCCGCUGUGUGCAGAAGAACAUCAAGAAGAACAAAGGGGUGAAGGACUGGCCCUGGUGGAAGCUCUUCACCACCGUGCGGCCCCUCAUACAAGUCCAGCUGUCCGAAGAGCAGAUCCGCAACAAAGACGAGGAGAUCCAGCAGCUGCGCAGCAAACUCGAGAAGGUGGAGAAAGAACGGAAUGAGCUUCGGCUCAACAGUGACCGGCUGGAGACCCGGAUCUCAGAGCUGACAUCGGAGCUGACUGAUGAACGCAACACAGGAGAGUCCGCCUCCCAGCUGCUGGACGCGGAGACGGCCGAGCGGCUGCGAGCUGAGAAGGAGAUGAAAGAGCUACAGACCCAGUAUGAUGCGCUGAAGAAACAAAUGGAAGUGAUGGAGAUGGAGGUGAUGGAGGCCCGGCUCAUUCGGGCCGCCGAGAUCAACGGGGACGUGGAUGACGGUGAUGCAGGGGGAGAGUGGCGGCUGAAGUACGAGCGAGCUGUUCGGGAGGUGGACUUCACCAGGAAGCGGCUCCAGCAGGAGCUGGAAGACAAGAUGGAGGUGGAGCAGCAGAGCAGGAGGCAGCUGGAGAGGCGGCUUGGGGACCUGCAAGCAGACAGUGAUGAGAGUCAGCGGGCGCUGCAGCAGCUCAAGAAGAAGUGCCAGCGGCUCACGGCUGAGCUGCAAGACACCAAGCUGCACCUGGAGGGCCAGCAGGUCCGGAACCACGAGCUGGAGAAGAAGCAGAGGAGGUUUGACAGUGAGCUUUCCCAGGCCCAUGAGGAGACCCAGAGGGAGAGGCUGCAGAGGGAGAAACUCCAGCGGGAGAAGGACAUGCUCCUGGCCGAGGCUUUUAGCUUGAAGCAGCAGCUGGAGGAAAAAGACAUGGACAUUGCAGGGUUCACCCAGAAGGUCGUUUCCUUGGAGGCUGAGCUUCAGGACAUUUCUUCACAAGAGUCCAAGGAUGAGGCUUCUCUGGCCAAGGUCAAGAAACAGCUCAGGGACUUGGAAGCCAAGGUCAAGGAUCAGGAAGAGGAGCUGGAUGAACAGGCGGGCAGUAUACAGAUGCUGGAGCAGGCCAAGCUGCGUCUGGAGAUGGAGAUGGAGAGGAUGAGACAGACCCAUUCCAAGGAGAUGGAGAGUCGGGAUGAGGAGGUGGAAGAGGCCCGGCAGUCAUGUCAGAAGAAGCUAAAGCAGAUGGAAGUACAACUUGAGGAGGAGUAUGAAGACAAACAGAAGGCACUUCGGGAGAAACGGGAGCUGGAGAGCAAGCUGUCCACCCUCAGUGACCAGGUGAACCAGCGGGACUUCGAAUCAGAGAAGCGGCUGCGGAAAGACCUGAAGCGCACCAAAGCGCUGCUGGCAGAUGCCCAGAUCAUGCUGGACCACUUAAAGAACAAUGCCCCCAGCAAGAGGGAGAUCGCCCAGCUCAAGAACCAGCUGGAAGAGUCAGAGUUCACCUGUGCAGCAGCUGUAAAAGCACGGAAAGCCAUGGAGGCGGAGAUGGAAGACCUGCACGUGCAGAUUGAUGACAUCGCCAAAGCCAAGACCGCGCUGGAAGAGCAGCUGAGUCGCCUUCAGCGUGAGAAGAACGAGAUUCAGAACCGGCUGGAAGAGGAUCAGGAGGACAUGAAUGAGCUGAUGAAGAAGCACAAGGCGGCCGUGGCCCAGGCCUCCCGGGACAUGGCACAGAUGAACGAUCUCCAAGCUCAGUUAGAAGAAUCCAACAAGGAGAAGCAAGAGCUACAAGAGAAGCUACAAGCCCUGCAGAGCCAGGUGGAGUUCCUGGAGCAGUCCAUGGUGGACAAGUCCCUCGUCAGCAGGCAGGAAGCGAAGAUCAGGGAGCUGGAGACACGCCUGGAGUUCGAAAAGACCCAAGUGAAGCGUCUGGAGAGCCUAGCCAAUCGGCUCAAGGAAAACAUGGAGAAGCUGACUGAGGAACGGGACCAGCGCGCUGCAGCUGAGAACAGAGAGAAGGAACAGAACAAGAGGCUCCAGCGACAGCUUCGUGACACCAAGGAGGAGAUGAGCGAGCUUGCCAGGAAGGAAGCCGAGGCCAGCCGCAAGAAACAUGAGCUGGAGAUGGACCUGGAGAGUCUGGAAGCUGCUAACCAAAGCCUGCAGGCCGACCUGAAGCUGGCAUUCAAGCGCAUUGGGGACUUGCAGGCCGCCAUUGAGGAUGAGAUGGAGAGCGAUGAGAAUGAGGACCUCAUCAACAGUGAGGGAGACUCAGAUGUGGACUCGGAGCUGGAAGACCGGGUCGACGGGGUCAAGUCCUGGUUGUCAAAGAACAAGGGACCUUCUAAGGCAGCUUCUGAUGAUGGCAGCUUGAAGAGUUCCAGCCCAACCAGCCACUGGAAGUCCCUGCCCCCUGACCCAUCAGAUGAUGAGCAUGACCCUGUGGACAGGACCUCCAGACCCCGAUUCUCCCACAACUAUUUGAGUGACAGCGACACAGAGGCCAAGAUGACUGAGACCAAUGCAUAGCCUGGGGGAGUGGCUCACAGCUCUUCCACCUCACAGCCUCUGCCAGGAAAUAGAGGGGUACCACUGCCCCCGUUUGACCGCCGAUCUGCAUGGAGAACACCUCGGCUCUCUGUCAGGGGGACUUUCCAGGCCGUGGGUGUGUCUGGUAGCUCCACAUGGAAGAGGUGGGGAAAAGAGGAGUCUCUGCAAAGAGAACCUCCAUACUUGCCUCAGAAAUGCCAUGCUCUUGGCUCCUACCCUGGGCCACUGUGGACCAUGUCAGGUGGCCUGGCACUUCAUGGAGCCGGUAAUGGACCUCCAUCUCAGCCUCCUGCUCAGGGAUGGUGAUAGGUUACCUGCCGACCACUCCAAGUUGCUGGGCCCAUGAGAAGGAGUCAGGAGGGAGCAGCAAUGGCCCCCCUCUGCUGGGUGAGGGCUUUCUCUUCUCAGUGCCUGCUGUCUUUUUACUGUUUAAUUUAAAUACCCAAACCUCCAUACAGCUGCAUCUUUGAGAGUGGGAGGGGCGGCUGUUGCAGCUGGGCCCUGCAGGAUGCCUUGGGAAUCUCCUCUCCAUCUUCACUCCUCCAGACUUCCUUCCUCAUGCAGCCUGCCGCUCUAGUGAGCAGAGCUGGGGCCCUGGUUCUUAAGAGACAGGGUGGGGAGGAUGGCAGCCGGGUGCUUCUGGCUUGGACCAAGCAAGCCUUGUUGGAGUAUUAAGUGCAAUGGGCAAUUAUUUAAGAGCCAACUGCUCCACCUGCACCUGCCCAUGGCUUCCGGCACUGCCUUCCUUCUUUCCACAGUGUGGCCAGCAGCUCAUUUGGCACUGAGGACUCAUGGGGGGCACAAUGGAAGGUAGAUGUUUCGGUCUGUUUAUCAGAGCAGAGUCCUAACCCUUUGUCAUCUUUGCCUGCCCAUAACCCUGUUCCCACACACUUACCCCAGACACAGCAACUAGUGGUCUGGAGAUCUAGCCACUUACCAUAAGGGUCAUCCUGACCACCCCACCAGAUUUGGGGGCCCAAGAGCCCUGGUGCUGGACCUGUUUGCCAUCCCCCUCCCCUUCCGCAAUUGGUUUGUACUCAUCAGGCUGUGCUCUCCCCGUGGACCUGAUUAAUGUAAGGAAAUAAAAGGCCCCUUCCCUCCUGGCCACAAGUUUCCCUGCUUCUCCUUGCAGGUCCAGGGAUGGUCCCACGGCAGGGGCAGAGGCGGGAUUCUGAUGGGGACAUGGAGGAGCCACCUUGAUCUGUGGUGGCCUGCCACAUGCUGGCCAGACCAGUGCCACUCCCAGAGCCUUGGCACAUCACUUGAGAUAGUGGGUGAGGAGAGUGGAUAAGGAAGACAGAGCCCCCACAUUUAUAUUGGGGCUAGUGGAGUUGGCAGCUCACUUACGCUCUCCCCCUGCCUCUUCUCAAAACUCAACUUUAGUCACUCCAAAGGUGACUUUUUUUUAUCAAAAAUUGUUAGCAUUUUCUUUGUUCCUCAGCCCUAUUUGACCACAGGAAACUUGAGUAAGCUGGGAAUACCGCCUUAAAUGCCCACUAAGCCUCUGCCUGAGCUACACUUUGGCUGUGCUUUGUGGCCUCUCCAAAGUUAUAGGGCAGCUCAUGCAGAUGAGGGAGAAACCAAAGACCUCCCUCUCCUUUUCCUCUCCCUCCUCUUCCUCCUCCUCCUCCUCUGAACAGAGCUAAAUGGUCUGGGGAAGUAGGUGGGAGAGGCUCUGGUGAUGUCAACUGCCCAGAAAGUCAAAAGAAGGAAAGGUCACCAUCAAAAAACAUGCUGGGGAGAACUAUGAAAUGGACCCUUCUGGAACAGAGGUGGCUGCCCUCCCACUGGCCUCCAACUCACACUUUUCCUGCUUCAGCCUCCCUAACCCCCAGAUUGAAGCUGUAAGCUAACAUACCCAGUUUGGGGUCAGAAGACUUUUCUCAAGUCGGAAAACUUGCAUUAUUCACUUAGUCUGCUCAGUCUCAGCCGCUGAGACGCCUAUCCUUAUUAGCUGCUAUGGCUUGGGCACUGUCCUAGUGCUGAGAAAGGAGUCCUUUCAAACCCAGGGUUAUCCCAGUAAGGACUCUGGCCCGCAGAGCAUAUGCCUUACCUGCUGGUAAAUAUCAGCUUCUGACCUGAGAGUUGUAAAUCACCGAGCCUGUCCUCCAGGGGUGUGAGCAGAGCUACUACAGAAGGGCAGAGAAGGUCCUUGGGAGAUAUGGAAAGAGGAUGCUUCUGAGAGGAGGGAGACUGUGAAGGGCCCUCAACACAGGUUGUGGGGCUAGGGCUUCAAGAAUGGUCCCACGGGUAGUUAUUGCUAGGACAUACUCGGGGAAGAAAGAACUUACACAAAGGUUCUGAGACAGGUGUGGAGAAACGGGGCUCAUGCUACAUGCUGCCUGGGAAAACCAGAGGACACAGACCCCACCCCCCAUCCGCAUGACCAUCGCCUCUCCAAGUGUCCACAAAACCCUCCACUAGCGUCGUAGGCUCCAGGUUAUAAAGGGGUGCUUCCCCUGGCUCCCACUCCCUGAGGCCCAUCAGGCCACCAAAGCCUGUAUUCAUUUUGGGGUAUACCUGGAGAACUCUGCCAGCUCCCAAAUACCCACGGUACCUCUUAUCCCUAAGGUACCGCAAAACAAAGCCACUGGGCCUGUGCCCUGUGCCCAGCUUAGCCACCCUGUGUCCCAUUCAAUCCUUCCUGCUAAUUUCCAGCCUGCAGGACCUGCUCUAACCCCCCCCCCCCGGAGUAAGAGGCAAGGGACCGAAGCCCUAGGGGAGUCCCCAUGAUGCCCAGACACCACGGCAGCAGGCAGUGACCCCCACACAGCUUCCUUUGUCCUCUUGGCAGAUUAUCCCGGCUGUCCUUCCCCAUCCCCCGCCCCGUGCCUGGUGGCACAGACACUUAGCGAUUUGCUCCUUAAUUGUCCCCCAGCUAGGCUGCGCAGAUGCCGCUCUUUAAUCUCUCCUGAUAAAUGAAUCGCGCCGCUCCUUUAAUCAUAUGUUCAUAUCCAAGCCAAUUUGAAUCAAUUUGGCAGGGAGCGUGUUGCAAGAGAUGCCAUGACUGCUGCUCUGCCCCCCGGGGCCCCAGAGCCUGAUGACUGCGGUCCUCACUCUCAGCAAAGAGCCCAGGAGGCCCAUCCAGGAAGAGGAGCACCUACCGAGCGGUGGCGGCUUUUUAAAGUCGGCCACUCAUUUGCCUCCUGCCCUCCAAGCCGGCUGUGUGGGAACGGAAGAUGGAUUCUCAAAGGAUUCUCAGGGGUGGGAGGGCGAGGGCAUGAGUUCAAAGCCUGCCUUGGUUCACUGAAUAAAAGGCCACAUCACCA